GUCUAUGACAGUACGUCAGCCGCGGGAUGGCCGUAGCUGUGGCGGCGGCUGCAGGAGCCCGAGCAGCCGCGGCCGCAGUGGAGGCUGGAGCCCGAGCGGCGUCCGCGGUGGCACCCCGGGGAGCUUAAGAUGGCGGCGGGGGGGGCGGCGGGGCUGCGGGAGGAGCAGCGCUACGGGCUGGCGUGCGGGCGGCUGGGGCAGGACAACAUCACCGUGCUGCAUGUGAAGCUCACCGAGACGGCGAUCCGGGCGCUGGAGACGUACCAGAGCCACAAGAAUUUGAUUCCUUUUCGACCUUCAAUUCAGUUCCAAGGACUCCAAGGGCUUGUCAAAAUUCCCAAAAAUGAUCCCCUCAGUGAAGUCCACAACUUUAACUUCUACCUGUCAAACGUGGGGAAAGAUAACCCUCAGGGCAGCUUUGACUGCAUCCAGCAAACACUCUCCAGCUCCGGGGCCUCCCAGCUCAAUUGCCUGGGAUUUAUACAAGAUAAAAUUACAGUGUGUGCAACAAAUGACUCCUAUCAGAUGACACGGGAAAGAAUGACCCAGGCAGAGGAGGAAUCCCGUAAUCGAAGCACCAAAGUUAUCAAACCCGGUGGACCAUAUGUAGGGAAAAGAGUGCAAAUUCGGAAAGCGCCUCAAGCCAUCUCAGAUGCAGUGCCUGAGAGGAAAAGGUCAACCCCCAUGAACCCUGCAAACACAAUUCGAAAGACACAUGGUGGCAGCAGUGUCUCUCAGAGGCCAUACAGGGACAGGGUCAUCCACUUACUGGCGCUAAAAGCCUACAAGAAACCUGAGCUGCUUGCCCGCCUGCAGAAAGAUGGCGUCAAUCAAAAGGACAAGAACUCUUUGGGAGCAAUUCUGCAACAGGUGGCCAAUCUGAAUCCUAAGGACCUCUCCUAUACCUUAAAGGACUAUGUGUUUAAGGAGCUCCAGCGAGACUGGCCAGGUUACAGUGAGACAGACAGACGGUCAUUAGAGUCAGUGCUCUCUAGAAAACUAAAUCCAUCUCAGAAUGCUGGCACUAGCCGCUCAGAGUCUCCUAUGUGUUCCAGCAAAGAUUCCACCUCAUCUCCUCAGAAACGACCUUUGGAUUCAGAUUUCAUUGAUCCUCUAAUGAACAAAAAAGCUCGAAUAUCUCACCUGACAAACAGAGUCCCACCAACACUAAAUGGCCAUGUGAAUCCCACCAGUGAGAAAUCUCCUACAGGCCUCCUACCGCCCCCUGCAGCUGCAGCCAUCCCCACACCCUCGCCGCUGCCUUCAACCCACCUCCCUGUCUCCAAUCCUCCUCAGACUGUAAACUCCAACUCCAACUCCCCUAGCACUCCAGAAGGCCGGGGGACUCAAGACCUACCUGUUGACAGUUUUAGUCAAAAUGGUAGCAUCUUUGAGGACCAGCAAGACAAAUAUACCUCUAGGACUUGUCUGGAAACAUUACCCCCUGGCUCAGUUCUGCUAACGUGUCCAAAGCCUAUGGAAGAAAGCCACCCAGUGUCUCACAAGAAGUCCAAAAAGAAGUCUAAAAAACACAAGGAAAAGGACCAAAUAAAAAAGCACGACAUUGAGACAGUGGAGGAAAAGGAGGAAGACCUUCAGAGAGAAGAAGCUGCCAAGCUGAGGGACUCCAGUCCCAAUCCCAGUGAAGGAGUUAAAGAAGGUUGCACUGCCUCCAUGGAGCCUUCUUCAACAAUUGAACUCCCAGAUUAUUUGGUAAAAUAUAUUGCUAUUGUCUCCUAUGAGCAACGCCAGAAUUACAAGGAUGACUUCAACGCUGAGUAUGAUGAGUACAGAGCUUUGCAUGCCAGGAUGGAAACUGUAGCCAGGAGAUUUAGUAAGCUGGAUGCACAACGAAAGCGCCUUUCUCCAGGCUCAAAAGAGUACCAGAAUGUUCAUGAAGAAGUCUUACAAGAAUAUCAGAAGAUCAAGCAGUCCAGUCCCAAUUACCAUGAAGAAAAGUACAGAUGCGAGUAUCUUCAUAACAAGCUGGCUCACAUCAAAAGACUAAUAGGUGAAUUUGACCAACAGCAAGCAGAGUCAUGGCACUAGAACUCUGCUUGGACCAGAAGAUGUGAAUAAAACUUAAACUUAUUUAUUUAAAAUUCCAGAUGAGUUGCUUUAGAUUCUAAAAGAUGAAACUUUGCUUGUUGGAAGUUUCAGUAUUAGUAAACUUGAGUUACUUUUUUUUUCCUCCUCAUUCUAUUUUGCUUCCCUGAAUUUUAAAGCUGCUUUCUUUUUCUGGUCCUCCCCCACCCCCAAAGUUGUUUGUUAAUAGAAGCAGUUUUUUAGAUAUUGGGGAUCCAGUGUCUAUACUUCAAAUCAAUUUUUCCUUGAAAACUUGUGUUUGUCAUUAGAGAUGAUUUUUUUUUAAUUUAGGUAUCAGGGAUGCAAUGUCCACACUUAAAAGAGUUGCUUGUGUUUAAAAACAAAACAGUAAUGUGCAAAGUGAAAUGCUUUUCAUAAGCCUAUUUUCUGACCUUUCUUAAUGCAAACUCUUUGC